AUGUCUAGUGCUACUCUCAGAUCAAACUACCGUCGUCUUUAUCGUGAGCUUUUGCGUCAAAACAAAAGGAUUUACGAAUUGCAUAAGGCUGAUGAAUCAAAGAAACAUGAUGCUCUUUUAAAAUACCAAAGAAUAAACUUGAUUCGUGAUGGUAAGAGACCAGAAGAAAUCGAUCAAAUCAUGAAGAUCCGCAAAGAUACUAUUGAACAACAACAACUCAAAGAAAAACUCAAGGGGAAGUUUAUCAAUUCUUUAGGGUUCGCGGACAAUAACCUACGCUCGAUACUUCAUUUGAAAGACCUUGAAGAACAAAGCGCCAUUCAGCUAACUUACAUCACCGAAACAUUUCUUAAAUCCCAAAGAACUUAUGAAGAAUUAGUGCAAAGAUAUAACCCUGGAAUGACUAUGUCUCAAGAAGAAAAAGUCAAGAAGACUGCUAGAAGGGUUGGUUUGGACGUUCCAGAUGCUUAUAAUUAG